UCACUGCCUGAAGCAGUAAUCGGACAACUGUCGUUCUCACUCUGACUCGGUCUCUUGAGAUCCCAGCUAGUGUGUGUAUCGGUGCUCCAUGGGUUCUAACACUUAAAAUGAAAAAGAAAAGGCUCUCUUGUAGCUGGUAAUUUGUUGCGUUACAGGUUCUACCAACUCUUGAAGAACUCUCUCUUUUUGAUGAAGUUUCUCUGUUGUUUCUGGACUGGACAGACUUGGCUGUAAGAAGAUUAUAACGAAACUUAAAGGAACGGGAUACCAGCAGAAGUACAGGGAUUCUACCAUAAUUGGAGUCUAUGGACAUGCAGGAUCUAGCCAGUCCGCACAGCUGUGUAAGUGGAAGCAGUGAAUCCCCUAAUGGUCCCAGACUCGACAACUCCCAUAUCAAUACCAAUUCCAUGACCCCCAAUGGCACUGAAGGUGAUAGCAUCACAAUGCUCACCACAGCUGACUGGUUGUUAAGCUCUAGCUCACAGUCUGCUGCAGAACCUAUGAGCAGCAGUGACAUCACCACACCAGUAGCCGACGUCUCCCUAGACAGCUUUUCAGGAUCAGUCAUUGGAACCAGCGACUUCAGCCCAAGACAAACACACCAGUUCUCCUCGCAGAUUUACCCUUCCAACAGACCGUAUCCACAUAUUCUCCCUACUCCUUCAUCCCAGAAUAUGGCUGCGUACGGUCAGACACAGUAUACCACAGGAAUGCAGCAGGCCGCAGCCUAUGCUAGCUACCCCCAGCCUGGACAACCCUACGGGAUCCCUGCCUAUGAGUCUGACAGCAGGGAACUGUGUGUGCAUCAUACCGACGAGGUGUCAGUAACUGAUUCAGGUGCAUUAUGGGCAGGCAUAAAGACAGAGGGCGGACUGAGCCAGUCACAAUCCCCAGGACAGGCAGGCUUCCUCAGCUACAGCUCAGGCUUCAGCACCCCUCAGACGGGCCAGGCUCCAUACAGCUAUCAGAUGCCAGGUGAGGAACAAAGAUAAUCAUAUAGUGUACUGUAAUCUCCUCAUAUUGUCUCCUCUCACGUUUCCUCAAUUCCUUACCUCCUCUCAUCGCUUCUUCGUUCACCGCCUCUCCUCACCUCCUCUCCUCACCUCUUGUCCUCACCUCCUCUCCUCACCUCCUCUCCACACCUCCUCUCCUCAUCUACUCUCCUCACCUCCUUUCCACAUCUCCUCUCCUCACCUCUUCUCCUCACCUCCUCUCCUCAACUCAUCUCCUCACCUCUAUCCCAACACCUCCUCUCCUCACCUCCUCUCUUCAACUCCUCUCCUCACCUCCUUUCCACACCUGGUCUCCUCACCUCCUCUUCUCACCUCCUUUCCACACCUCCUCUCCUUACCUCUUCUCCUCACCUCCUCACCUCCUAACCUCAACUCAUUUCCUCACCUCCUCUCCUCACCUCUUCUCCUCACCUCCUCUCCUCAACUCAUCUCCUCACCUCUAUUCCACACCUCCUCUCCUCACCUCCUCUCUUCAACUCCUCUCCUCACCUCCUCUCUUCACCUCCUCUCCUCCUUUCCACACCUGGUCUCCUCACCUCCUCUUCUCAACUCCUUUCCACAUCUCCUCUCCUCACCUCUCUUCAACUCCUCUCCUCACCUCCUCUCUUCACCUCCUCUCCUCACCUCCUUUCCACACCUGGUCUCCUCACCUCCUCUUCUCACCUCCUUUCCACACCUCCUCUCCUUACCUCUUCUCCUCACCUCCUCUCCUCACCUCCUUUCCACACCUUGUCUCCUCACCUCCUUUCCUCACCUCUAUUCCACACCUCCUCUCCUCACCUCCUCUCCUCACCUCCUCUCCUCACCUCCUCUCCUCACCUCCUCUCCUCACCACCUCUCCUCACCU